UGAUUCGUGAUACUCUUGUUGAAGUGUUGCGGCGAGGAACUCGGAGAAGGUGACGAUUUUUUAAAGAAAAAUUUAAGUGCGAUUUGUCCAUCAUUCUGAACCGGCUUAAAACUUUAGAUAUCGCUUCUUUUUUUUUUGUUUUUGAAAACCAUUUGCAUGACAAAAACCAUUUACAAGAAACAAGAAAACAAGCAGAUUAAACUUACCGCCGCCGUACAAAGGAAAUUUGUAGUCUUCUUGUGAUAGAAAAUGCAGCGCUCAUUCCACUUUGCGUUCGGCAUUCUUUGUGUUCUUAGUUUAAGCAACAAUUCGGCUUUGGGGACAAUUCCACGUCCUCGAGGUGUUGCCAUAUCCAAAACAAGUCUCUACCCACCCGGCGAGCAUUUCGUGUGUUUAAAUGGACUGAAGACCAUAAACUACCUCCAGAUAAAUGAUGACUUUUGCGACUGCUCCGAUGGCAGCGACGAACCGGGAACGUCAGCUUGUCCAGACGGAAAAUUCCAUUGCACAAACGCUGGCUUCAGGCCGAAGAACAUUCCUAGCUCUCGAGUAAACGAUGGCAUUUGCGAUUGCUGCGACGCCAGCGAUGAGUACGGCAUUCCAGAUAGCAAAUGUGUGAAUACUUGUCUGGAAUUGGGCAAAGAGGAGCGCCAACUUAAGAAAAGCAGGGAGGAACUAGCUAAACGAGGAAUUGCCCUAAAAGCAGAGCUCAGUUCAAAGGGCAAGACAAUGCGAGAUGAACGGGAUGUCAGACUAGCAGAGUUGCAAAAUCGAAAACAAGAAGCCGACAAUAUUCGGAUAGAGAAGGAAAAUAUCAAGAAGAGAGCCGAGGGCGUAGAAAAUGAAGCUCUACAAGUAUACAAAGAAAUCCAGGAAAAUGAGAAGCAGGAGAAGACCCAACAACAUGCAUACGACAAUACAAACGAAGCAACGGACACUUUUAUUAAGUUCGACUCAAACCAAGAUGGAUUUAUUGAAAUUGCUGAAUUGCAGUCAAGAGCCUCAUUUGAUAAGGAUCGUAAUGGAGAGGUAUCUGAAGAAGAAGCUCGUUUAUUCCUCGAUGAAAAGGAUCGCGUCGAUAUAGAUCAUUUUAUAUCCAUUUGCUGGUCCAGAAUCAAGCCAUAUCUCAUGUUGGAUGCCGGACUCUUUAAACCACCACAAUUUGAUGCCGAAGAAGUCGAUGAUCAACAUCAGCAGGAAACCGAUACAGAUCCAUCGUACAUAGAACCCUCUCAUGCCGAUGAGCAUGAAGACGAAGGAGAAGCAGGAUAUGAUCCCGAGGAAGAAGAAGAAGAAGAGGGCGAAGAAACUGGUGAAGGCGCUGCUGAGGAAGUCACAACAUCUGCACCAAAUUAUGACCCCGAAACCCAGAAGAUUAUCGAUGAAGCAAAUGCUGCAAGGAACGAAUUGUCUGAAGCCGAACGUCAGUUGCGUGAAAUCGAACAGGAAAUCAGAGAAAUCGAAGAGCAAAUCAACAAAGACUACGGUGCUUCAGAUGAAUUUGCUUCCCUGGAAGGCCAGUGCUUUGCGUAUGAAGAUCGUGAAUAUGUCUACAAGCUAUGUCCAUUCGAUAGAGCAUCACAACAGCCAAAGAGCGGUGGCUCAGAAACAAGAUUGGGAUCAUGGGAUCGAUGGUCUGGAUCUGAGUAUAAGUACAGUCAUAUGCUCUAUUCUAAUGGAGCCUCAUGCUGGAAUGGUCCACAGAGAUCUGCAGUUAUUCAAUUAGAGUGCGGAUUAGAACACAAGGUGACCGGAGUGUCUGAACCAAAUCGAUGUGAAUAUCAUUAUGUUUUCGAGACUCCAGCUGCCUGCGAAAAUCCUAAUAAUUCCUCUGAUGACGAUAUGCACGAUGAGCUCUAAUACUAAGAAUAUUAAACCCAGUUUUCAUUUCUUAUUUAUUUUAAACAAACAAACAGAAAAGGUCAAGAUGGUUUUGAAAAUCCCACCAUCAUUAAUUUAUCUUUUUAUCUAUCAUUCACAAGAAAACAGUUUUUUAAGAACUAAAUUGAGUUUUACUUUAAGUUUCUUUUCAUUUCAGUUUUUACUUUAUUCGGUUUUCUUCUAUUUUGUAAUCUUUUCAACAAAAAAAAAACAACAAAAAUCCAUUCCUUUGUAUACUUCAAUUAGUUUAUGUAUACUUUGCGUAAUUAGCUCAUUGUAGAAAAAAAAACAAAUAAACUGUAUUUUUCCUUUUUAAA